AUGGGCUCUGGAGCGUGUGCAUGUGAUUCUCUCCCUAACUGCUUAUCGUUUCCCCCACUCUCUCCAGGCCUCACCCCUCUCCACCUAGCUGUACAGGGUGGACACAAGGAGCUGGCCAGAAUGCUGCUGGAUGCUGGGGCGGACAUCAACGCAAUGGUCAGUCACCUUCCUCCCCUUAAUGCUGGGGCAUUUCAAAUGGGCUUCGAGUUAUUCUGGCAUACUGAACCUACUGUAUCAUCCAAUUACUCAAUACCAGGUAAUACUCAUGACAUUAAAUACAGGUCCACUUUACUGGUGUCCCCAUGCUCCUCUCUCUAAGGACAUCAAGAGUGGCCGCAGUCCUCUCAUACACGCAGUAGAGAAUCACAAUAUGGACAUGGUGCACUUCCUCAUAGAGGUAAGGCUACGUGUGUGUUGUAUGUGACUCAGCUGUUCUACUGAAGUCACCUCGUCUAUAUUUAAAUGGUCUGUAGCUCCUCCCCUGUAGGUUUCUCUUUCCUUUCCAGGGAAGAUUAUAUACAAGAAAUAAAGGUGAUUCUGUUUUGUUACACAUCGCCAUUAAAGCCUGACCAUGUUAUUUAUUUUUUCUCCUCAAUCUCCCGCUUCUCUCUGUCCUCUCUCCUCCUCAUCAGAAUGACUGUAAUGUGAAUGGCCAGUCGUACAGUGGGAACACGGCCCUGCACAGUGCCUGUGGGCGAGGCCAGGUGGACACAGUCAGGCUGCUACUGAAGAACAGAGCCGACAACAGUGUGAAGAACUACCACAAUGACACCCCCACGAUGGUGGCCAAGAACAAGGAGGUGAGGGAGGAGAGAACUAAUAUACUGAAUCUAUGUAAGAGGAAUGGUCAUUUUUUCCCCUCUCCGUUUCACGCCAAUCAAUAGCUUUACAGAGAUGUGUAGGAAAAUAAAAACUGAAGUUAGUGGGUUAAAUGAACAAUAGUGUGGACAUAGGACUGAACUAAUCCUUGUGGGUGCUUCCCUCUAGUGGCUGUACCUAAUACCUCACAACGGCAGCAAAGCAACAACAAACUGACAAUGACAAACUGUACCAACAAUAAAACACACAAAUAAUCAAAGGAAUGCUAUCACUCAGUAGCAGGCCACAGAGAUGCCGUGAACUCACUAGUUGUCAUUGCAGCACUGUUAAUGUGUCCUCUCAGGUAACCGAACCAUUUUGAUCUCUCCUCAGGUAACCGAUGUACUACGAGGGAAGGGCUCCAGAAACCAGCAGCCCAAAGCUCAGCAGUGUGUACCAGCCUCACCACACAGGAGCACACCCCACUCACAGAACAGAGGUAAUGGUGAGACGAGCACGCACUUAUACAUGUAUGUGCAUUCGGGCACACAGUAAACUCAUCACACCCCUUCUCUGUCCCCAGGUUCCCCAUCUCCCAGCCUUUCACCAUUGGCCACUCCCACAGCGUCGCCUCUUCACCACAGCGCGUCCCAUUCCCCCAGGGCGCCUCCCACCCCCUCUCCCCACAGCCAAUCAGUAGAGAGCCUGUCAGGCCGCCAGUCUCCAAUGAAGAUCCAGGAGAGCGAGCAGCUUGGCUCCAACAUGAUGACUGCAGUGGACAUCAGCCUGGCCCAGAGAAGGAGCUACUCACUGACCCACAGCUACCCUCCAGUAAUUCACCACCAGUCCCCCAUCACUGAUGCUCAAAUAGGACCUUUACUAGCCUACUACUCCCCUGGAGUCCAGAGACAUCUUUAUCCAGAGCUUCCCUUUAUCCUGCUCCACACCAACAUCCCUCACCCAGCCACUGUCUCUCCCGCCUCCCAAAUAACCCCUGGCCAAUCCUGGCCCUCCAGCGACCAAUCAGAUGUCUCCAUCAUGAGCGUCAGAAGCAGCGUGGGCAGAGGUAACAGUUGA